AUGUGUUUUCAACGGGAUUACUACAUUUGCAAUCCAUACAUCAGGCAAUGGGAUGCUCUUCCUCCCGCUCCUCGAUGCCACGAGGAAGUAAGAGUGGGAUUCAUCUGCGAACCCUACUACUACUAUAAUUGUAAGAAGCAGCAAUGUGAGGAGGAAGACCACCGAAAAGAAGUAGUAGAAGAAGAAAGUGAUGCAUGUAGUAGAAUCCGGCUUAAUGUUGAGUACAGGUACAAGGUUGUGCGAAUAAUUCCUCAGUGUCCAGAGAAAUCCUUCGAGUUCAACAUGGAAAUGUUCUCCUCUGAGACUGGUAGAUGGACAGAGUCAGUUGUAUCCUGCCCAAGAAGCUUUUGUUUUAAUAGCUUGCAUAGAAAUGCAGGGGUUGCUCACAAUGGAAUGCUCUACUGGUGGAGCUCUAGUGAUGGCUUUGUUAUUGGUUUGGAUCCCUACUCCAACGACAGCUCCAACUCUGCUAAAUAUUGUUUCCAUUUCAUUGAUAAACCUCAAGAUGAGUCGGAGUCGGAGUACGGAAGAACAUUUGAUUUCAUGGGUGUGUCUAGUAAAGGGCGUUUGCGAAUGUGCGAGUACUCCCCCGCGUUUGUUGGUGAUACUGAUGGUCAUGUGAGUGUUUGGGAGUUGAAAGAUGACCACCAGAUGGACAAGGACAUGGACACGGACGACGCUGCAUCUGCAUGCAAUGACAAUGGCACAUGGUGUUUGGUAGGCAGAGUUACCCUGUUACAUAUGCUUUCGGAAACCCAGUUGUUGAUAACAUGGAAAUUUUAUAGCAAAUGGCUUAAGACGGUUACGGUGCUCGCUUUCCACCCAAAUGAUGAUGAUAUCUUGUUUUUAGAGUUUUAUCAACACAUCAUCAUGUGCAACAUUCGCGAGGCAAGGCUAACGGAGGUUACGGACAUCCCAUAUUAUUGUGCUAAGAUUCACUCUGCUAGACCAGUCUUCCCAUUGGCGUUCCCAUGGUGGCCGACACCAAUACUUACUCGACACAAACUGGCGGCCUCCUCCUCCUCCUCCUUGAAUUCCCACGUGGGCCGUGUUACCACUUAUACUACUAGUACUACUAGAACCAGACGAGCCAUCAAGAGAAUGUUGCAAAAAAGAAAAGAAAAGCUAGCCUUGCUUGUGCGUCCUCAAUCCUCCACCGAAAAACAAAGCUAG